AAUUUCUCCUGUUGGAAGCGACUCAACAACGUGGUUGCCUUAGUCCACCGAUUCGUAAAAAACUGUCGUCUAAAAGUAAGCAAGCGACCGACUCAUUCCGGACCAUUAACCAUGCAAGAACUACAGCAGGCACAAAGUCUGCUAUUUCGUCAAGCUCAACACGAAGGAUAUCCCGAGGAAGUAUAUCUGUUGUCAAGAAAUCACGACAAAAAACAAUCAAACCCAUUGCCGAAAACCAGCCGUCUUUUCAAGCUGACUCCGUGGUUAGACGAGGAAGGUAUCAUGCGGAUGCGUAGCCGCUUAUCAGCCUGUCAGUACGUUUCCGAGGAUACAAAGAAACCAGUGAUUCUACCAAAAGAUCACCCUGUGACCACCUUGCUAAUCAACCACUAUCAUAAGAAAUUUAACCACCAAAACCACGAGGCCAUCAUAAACGAAAUACGUCAAAAAUUCGUAAUAUCGCGCCUCCGAAGUCGCUACAGAACUAUACGAAGAAACUGUCAGAUGUGUAAAAACGAACUAUCAACUCCACAACCCCCAAUGAUGGCGGACCUCCCACCAGAGAGGCUAGCAGCCUUCUCACGCCCAUUUACACACGUAGGAGUUGAUUUUUUUGGGCCAAUGGAUGUCGUUAUUGGUAGGAGGAAAGAGAAAAGAUGGGGAAUGAUUGCCAUUUGCCUAACAACACGAGCAGUACAUGUAGAAUUGGCAAACUCCCUGAGCACCGACUCGUGCAUUAUCGCUCUACGAAAUUUUAUCGCACGCCGUGGCACUCCGAGGACCAUCCGAAGCGACCGUGGGACAAAUUUUGUCGGGGCCAGUCGUGCACUCGACAAACUUCGAAAAAUCACUCAAGAAGAAAUUUCCAAAGAAUUUGUCAGUGUGGAGACAAAUUGGGCUUUCAACCCUCCUCUGUCACCCCACAUGGGUGGCAGUUGGGAACGUCUUAUCCGAAGCCUCAAAAGGAACCUCAUGGCAAUCCGCCCUUCAAGAACACCAUCCGAAGAAGUUCUGCGCAAUAUGCUUACGGAAGUGGAAAAUACCCUGAAUGCACGCCCACUAACUCACGUUCCCGUCGACGACGAUUCCUCUCCUGCGCUAACACCAAACCACUUCUUGUUGGGGUCUUCGAACGGUAUGAAGCCACUGGUACCGUUAGACGACCGCGGAGACCUGCUUAAACAAAAUUGGCGAAUGUCACAAGCCCUGGCGACACAAUUUUGGAAACGCUGGUUAUCGGAAUACCUUCCCGAGAUAACUCGCCGAACAAAAUAGUACGUGGACACAAAACCCAUUGCUGUAGACGAUGUUGUAAUAAUCGUGGACCCCAACCUUCCACGAAAUUGCUGGCCGAAAGGCAGGAUCAUUGCCACGCAUCCUGGUAAAGAUGGCCGCAUCAGGUCAGCUACAGUGAAGACAGUGAAUGGUGUAUACGACAGACCUGUAAGUAAGUUGGCAGUUCUGGACGUGAGACGUGAUGGAGAGCAAGUCAACCUAUCGCACUAGGUUGCCAUACCCGGGGGGACUGUUGCCCACCCUAUUUGGUUGGCACGCAUCUCUAUGUCCAGAGCUAUCCCCUUAGCAAUUGCGAGAUCGACGAUGACAGCGUGAGCAAACUGUCACGGAAGAUGAGUAGGUAAAAUGAAAAACAACUAACUUCGAUCGAUGCAGUAAACGUGUUUGCAAUUUCCAAAUACUUUUCUCUUAUAUUACUACCAAAACGACUGUAAAUUAUCUUGAUUAUACCUAAACAGUAAGUUAAAACUAGGUUGCGUUAUAUUGUAUAAGAGUGACUAACAGUUUAAUUCUAAUCGCAGAAAAAUAGCAGAAAGUGAAUUCGAGCAACUGCUAACCUCUUUCUACCUCUACACACUAUAAUUAGAAUCAGAAGCGCUCUAGCAAGAACAUCGCUACAUAGGGGACACAUAUGCACACUGAGGGGAACUAAACGUGAGUAUGAAAUGUUAGCUAAACUCACACCUAUAUCUAUAUUGCACAGAGUUAUGAGCACACGAAACAGAAAACCACAUAAACCUAAAUAUAGACAAGCAAAAUCGAAACUUAUACACAAUGUCAUGCAAACUUACAGCUAUAACACGAAUCAUAUUCGUUUUCAUGUAUUAAACAAGACUAACUGUUAAAAAUGAAUUCGCAGGAAAAUUAUAACUCUCCGUAUCCCAAAACCCUACGUGUUGGAUUGAGUUCAUAAUUUCGGAAGAAAUCCCCAUUUCGAACAAGUGUUGCUGAUUGGC